UUCAUAAUGGAGUUCUCUCUGAUUAAAUCGGUGGAAAUCCUCGAUUCAUCCAUCAGAGCGGUCGCUCCUUUGUGCAUCGUCUUUCUAAUGCAUGCUGGGAACCGACUCCACAUCUCUCUCCAUCCUGUCUCUGAUGAGAGCAGCUGAAUUAUUUAGCACCAUCAGACGGCGGAGAUCGGCUGCUGAGCCAGGAGCAGAUGGAGAGGAGGAAACGCCAGAGAGAGAAAGAGAAAGAGGGGAAUCGUGGAGGUGUCCGACGCCGCAGGCAGCCGUGAGUCAGCAGGGAGCGAAAAGAGCAGCAGGAGGGAGGAUCCAGAGAUCGCUUUAGGUGAUACGACCAGAGGAGUGUGUGUGUGUCGCAUCGGUUGAACGCAAGGAGGUCACGGAGAUGAGAGGAGAUUAGCGCGUUGGACUAAAAGCAGAGCUUCCUUUGAAUAGCACAAGACCAGGAGGAGAGGAGCGGCUCCAGCAUGGGGGAGAGCUACAUGUACCAGCGACUCCCCUACGCCCGAGCGGAGGGGGAGGGCGAGGACGAGGAGGAGAGGGGCAGCAGAAUCGGGGGACAAAUGAUGCAGAGUGAAGAGGGCACAGAGUGGCUGCUGGAGCUGCUGACUGACGUGCAGCUGCAGCAGUACUUCCUGCGGAUCCGGGAUGAACUCAACGUCACGCGACUUUCCCACUUUGACUACGUCAAGAAUGAAGAUCUGGAGAAGAUCGGCAUGGGGCGGCCCGGUCAGAGGCGGCUUUGGGAGGCGGUGAAGAGAAGAAGAGCCCUUUAUAAACGCAAGUCCUGGAUGAGCAAGGUAUUUCCAGUGAAGCGGUCAGACACCGACCCCCAGCAGGGUGCAUCGUCGGUCCCACCUGCAGCCAGCAGCGAGCCUGGAGACUCGCUCACCUGCCUCAUCAAAGAGUCAGAGAUGCAACUGUUUGAGCGACUCGGAGACGGCACAUUUGGAGUCGUACGGCGAGGAGAGUGGACCGCACCAAACGGCAGAGUGCUGUCCGUGGCAGUGAAGUGUCUGAAGGCCGGCGUGCUGGACUCAGACGGUUUGGAUGACUUCAUCAGAGAGGUGAACGCCAUGCACUCUCUGAGCCACCCGAACCUCAUCAGCCUCUAUGGAGUCGUCCUGACGCAGCCCAUGAAGAUGGUGACUGAGUUGGCGCCUCUGGGAUCCCUGCUGGAUCGUCUCAGAAAGCGUCAGGGCCACAUCCUCAUCUCGAUUCUGUGUAACUACGCCGUACAGGUGGCGAGUGGAAUGGCUUACCUGGAGCAGAGGCGAUUCCUCCACAGAGACCUGGCCGCCCGCAACGUCCUGCUGUCCACCAACGAAACGGUGAAGAUUGGAGACUUUGGCCUGAUGAGAGCGCUGCCUACUCACACCGAUCAAUACAUCAUGGAGGAAGGCCACAAAAUCCCUUUUCCUUGGUGUGCUCCAGAGUCUCUGAAGUCUCGCACUUUCUCUCACGCUUCUGAUACCUGGAUGUUUGGAGUCACCCUGUGGGAGAUGUUCAGCCACGGACAGGAGCCGUGGCUCGGGCUCAAUGGGAGCCAGAUCCUCCACAAGGUUGAUGUUGAGGCUGAGAGGCUGUGUAAACCUGACGACUGUCCUCAAGACAUCUACAACGUCAUGCUGCAGUGCUGGAGCCCCAAACCUGACGACCGGCCCACCUUCAUCGCUCUCAGAGACUUUCUGCUCGAGAUGUUGCCGACAGACAUGAAGGCCCUGCAGGACUUCGAGGAAGAAGAGAAACUCCAAAUUCAAAUGAACGACGUCAUUACGAUCAUUGAGGGAAGGGCGGAGCAUUACUGGUGGCGCGGGCAGAACCGACGGACGCUGCGUGUCGGUCAGUUUCCUCGGCACGUUGUGACCUCCGUGGCCGGCUUGUCCGCCCAGGACAUCAGCCGGCCGCUGAAACACUCCUUCAUCCACACUGGACACGGCGACACAGACCCUCACAGGAGCUGGGGACACGCAGACCGCAUUGACAGUUUGUAUUUGGGGAACCCGAUGGACCCGCCAGAUAUCUUGGGAUUUGAUUCUGGAUCUGCAAGACCAACCAAACUGCCCAACCGUGCAAAGAAGAAGCCUCCUCCUCGUCCACCAAAGCCAGCUGUUCUGCUCAAAAAGCCGCUGUACGACUCCGUGAUGGACGACUACGAUGACGAGGACGACUUCAGCACAUCAUCUGGGCUGAAGAAGCUGGGCGCGUCUCUCGGUCUGAAGCUGCGGCCGUGGGAGGGCAGCGGCGUGCGAUCGGCCAAAAGCGAGGUGUCGCUCAUCGACUUCACAGACGACAGCUUCAGCUCGACCACGCCCUCGCCGCUCACAGAGACGCACCAACCGGAUGAAGACACUCUGAAGGACACGCCGUCCAUCCUGGACUGGCCUCUGCCCCAGCCAGCCUACGACGAGGUCACUGCAGACUUUGACGACCAAUCAGAGGAUCAGGAGGUGCGCUCCAUCAACAAGGGCCCGCCUGAAGAAACCCUGGGCCCCCCUCUGUCCAGCAUGGCGGGAAGGAGCGAGUCGCAGUCUGCCGACCUCUUCCAGGAGCUGCAGAGAGAGGUGAUGGUCAAGCUCCAGGUUCCCAUGGCAACCGGUCGUUCCCUCCCGUCCUCCCCCACCCCGAUGCCUCUGGCUCCGUUUGGCGCCCACAGACAGAUCUACCUUCCUCCGCCCUCCCCCUCCUCCUCUUCCACCUCCAUCACUUCCUGCUUCGAGGACCGGCCUGUGCUGCCCCCCCGCAGCCCCGUGCCCCCCUUACGCCCCUCCAAGCAGAGCUACGCCACCCGCGGCGCCCAGCAGGGGGCGCGCUCCAGCUCCAUCUCCCUGGGAGACGAGGACAACGCUCCGCCUCAGAUCCCACCCAGAGACCACGCUUUCUCCCAGCCGGGCUCCCGCUCCUCCUCCCCGCUCCCGCUGGCGCCGGCUCUGUCCUCCACGCUCGUGGUGCUGCCACCGCCGCCGCUCUUGGUGUCCCCGCGGCGGGCGGCGGGGCUCCUCGGCCCCCUGCUGUCCUCCAGCUCCUCCUCUGUCUCCAGGCCGGCGACCUCGUCUUACUCCUCCACCGCGCUGCUGGAGCCGCUCGCCUUCAGAGAGGGGCGGGGCCUGUCCGCCAUGAUGGACAGCCCUCAGAGCUCCGCCCCCAACCCGCUGCCGGAGAGACCAGCCUUUCUGGAGCGAUACGGCGCAGCCAACAUGGCGGCAGUCAAACCCAUGAUGCAGCAGCAGCAGCAGCAAACGGGCGGAGCGAAACCAAACUCCUCCUACAACAACAACAACGGCGGGACCGCAGCUCCCAGCAUGCAACAGGAGCAGAGCAUCACACAGGUCCAAGGAGCCGUUCAUGGCGUCACGACGGAGGAAUGUAAAGCUGCUCUGCAGAGCCACAACUGGAGCGUUCCUCAGGCUGUUAAUUUCUUAAAGGUGGAGCAGCUGUUUCGUUUGGGUUUGAGGUCGAGAGCCGAGUGUGAGGAGCUGCUGCAGCGCCACCGGUGGGACCUGGAGCAGGCCAGCACCGUCAUGCUGGAUGCAUACGGACCGCAUUGCAACAGGAAGUUGACCUGAGGGCCAAUCAGACGCUGACGGCUCCUGACCCGGUGACACCGAGGCGCCCGGACGACUCGCCGCUCCAGAAGAUCACGGCCUUUAGACGUUCCCACAUUUUAUCACGUUACAACCACAGAGUCCAUCCAGGUGGACUGCUGGCUAACUUCUGAAGGCUAAUGGUUUCACUGGAUCUUAUUGAUUAGGUGUACAGCACCAGCAGAAAGUAUUCACACCCCUUUGUAAGGCUGCAUUUUGGGGGGUUUUUUCUACCAUUUGCUAUAUAUAGUAAUAUUUUGUUCAUUUUUUCAGCUGGAAACGAAUAGGAACAGGUUUAAUCACAGAAGCCUCUUCUUGUUGUUCAAUGUUUUGCCUUUAGUCUCAGGUGCAGAACUGUCCUCUGUCUCUUUACUUAAAGUUGUACUUUGACACAAUCCAGGAUACGUUAUUUAGAGAAGUCCUAAAUCCAGUUCAGUCUGCAGAUGGACUCCAAUCAAGUGGCAGAAACAUCUGAAGGAGGAUCAGUGGAAAUCAGAUUCACUACAGUUCAGUGUCACAGCAACCAGUUUGGAUGCUUUAGUCGCUAUUAUGUUUAAAUUGCUGAUUGGACAAAGUAACAGGAUGGCGAUAAUAUUGGUAAAACCUGAAAUUAUGACGAUCAUUUUUAACAAAUCCUUAUUCUCUGCGCUCUCUUGGACACUGCGUCAGGAAACAAUAUGUGAACUCAUGAUGUAGUAUAUUUACCCAGAAAAUAUCACAUUUUAAGCAAAUCCUUUACAGCAAUGGUGAUAUUUUUGUAACUAAAAUGUGUUUCUUUUGCACAAAUGUAACAAUGUCUUUACUUUGUCAUAAAAGCUGCAGUACGUAAAUUUAAUAAAAUAUGUCUUUUACAUAUUUGUUAAAACUGUCAACAUAACAACCUGUCAGAGCCGGGAGGAGGGAUUUACUGCUGUCAAUCAACUACUAAAUGUGCUAAUGGCAAAGAAACAACUUACAGUUACAGAAAAACUGUUUACCUGCUAUCAGUGGCUAUGCUAACUAGCCUGAGUGUGAUUGGCAGCAGUAAGACCUGCCUCCUUUCUCUGAUUGGUUGUUUCUAGUUAGCACUGCCUUUCUAAGGAGAAGGCAGAGUAGUUCAAUUUUUCAUAAAUUAUUUGUCAUGCCAAACUAUCACAGCACACUGACAGUUUUAACAUAUAUAUAAAGUAUUUUUUUAAUAAUAGUAACAUAUUACAGCUUUAAUGGCUUUUUAUAAUAGAUCUGCAACUAAAACAGCAGAAAAUACAAAGGGGUGUGAAUACUUUCCACCUUUAAACAAGGUAAUAAGUGAGAAGCUCUGUCCAGACUUGAAGGCUGAUGCUCACCGAUGCUUUGCAAUGCACUGUAAGGCUCUACAUGCAGGCUCAUUCUCAGCUGACCGAGCAGCUUGCUGGGUGCUAGAUUUAGUUUGCAGAGUUUGUCGGUGGCUGCAGCAGAAUGCCUCCUCCUCCUUAGUGAUGCCAUGUAAAUCCUGAGGCAAUGUAUUUAUGCUUAGAUGUACAGAUAAUGUUGUAAAUAACCUGGUAUCAUGUGAGCUGCUGGUCAGGCUGAUGUAACUUAUGGUAUUCUACAUUCAGCGUUUGUUUCCUGUGGAGGUUCUGUUUAACUUUUAUUCUCUAUGUCAGAUUUUUUUACGGGACUGCUUUUGUGCUCUGAUGACACAUAACAGCCACCUAUUGAUUAGUGGCUCUUAAAGAAGGUCCUCGUUAGGCACAUUAGUGGGAGAAAGGUGACUGAUUGUUACCAUCUUGUUUUGCUUUUCUUCUUCUCAGGCAGAUGCAUACAGGGUAUUACUUAUUGUUAUGAAGCUACUGUAAUGAAGACAUAAGCUGAAGAGCUUUCUAUGUAAUUAAUACAUAGUUCCCGUGUGAUUUUGUAACAGCCAUUUUGGCAGGCAGUUGCUACGGAGUUGCCAUGACAACAACAAACAAACCACAAGUUUAAAACUAGCUCUGGUUUUGUUCCUGUCUAACUUAUAAACAACGUAAGUACAUUACAUCUUACAGUACAUCACCUUACAUCACCUCUGUGUGAUUCUAAUAUAAAUAUCAGAUAUUUACUGUAUGUAGUUCGUACUGCCGAACUAGUAAAAUUAGCUUAGCUAAUGUAGCUUUUACCUGCUAGCUAAGACGGACAUGUAGACUGCGUGUUUGUUACUUUAUGUACUUACUCUGCCGGUCACUAGAACCUUGUUAUUCACCUGAAGAGUUCGUACAUCCUUUACAAAUCCGGUCAAACACUGAUUGUAUGCGUCCAUGGACAAAAUCCUCCAUUUUCUAUGCACUCUUCACGUUCACAAAGUAGCAAGUCGUAAUAUGAGAUCUGCUUGUCCACAUCCUCGAGCUUAUUUUCCUUCUCCGUUUUAUACGCGUCGAUCCCGACAGCUGCGAUUUGUUUAUAUUUAUUUCACGUUGGUUAAGAGUGUCCACAUAUUUUAUUUUUGUUGAUCUCGACACCAUUGAUCAUUUACGCAUUGCGCAUGCGCCUGCCUUCUAAUACAUGGGAGCUAUGUAUUAAACUGCUGCUGCCGAUGUCUGUGUGUGAGCAGAGGUGGAUAUUUAAUGUAAAGCUAAAAGGAGCUGUAUAGCAAAUCAUAUCAAUGCCAAACAGUUUGUUGCAGAAACACUGGAUCUUAUGAAACCUUAUUUAAUUUGUUUUAUAUUAACGUCUCAGAAGCAGCUUCGGAGAAAGAUCUUGUGCUAAAUGAUUUGUAAAAGGCAGAUUGAAAGAAUUGGAAGUGGCAAAUGAAAACAAAGCUUGUAAUCUUUGUUUUCUUUUU